AUGCUUCCACUUCGGCCCAUAGUUAGGCGAAUCCUCUCACGAUCCUUCCAAACUUGUCAUUACUCCUCGACCUCAAUUUUUCCUCGGACGAUAUCCUCUCUCCUUCAUUCCCCUCUCUCCGAUGAAAGGGCAAAUGAAACGGUCACGGUUGCUGGCUGGGUCCGUUCGGUCCGGCGAAUGAAGAAUGUUUCGUUCGCCCAUGUCUCAGAUGGCUCAACGAUACAUCCACUGCAAGCUGUGUUGACGAAGGAGCAAUCGGAGAAUUUGUCGAUGGGAACUAGUGUUAAGAUAACGGGCGAGUGGAAGGAGUCUGUUGGGGGGAAGGGGCAGCAGAGCAAGGAGCUGUUGGCGGAGAAGGUAGAGGUUUUGGGGAAGGCAGACCCUCUGACAUAUCCUCUGCAAAAAAAGUAUCAGACUCCGGAGUUCUUAAGAACGCUACUACAUCUCCGACAAAGGAUACCGGCCAAUACGAACUUACUCCACUUAAGAUCUAAUAUAAUCUCGACACUCACCGCCUUUUUCGUGGAACACUCAUUUAUCCAAUGCCACACGCCAAUAAUUACCUCCUCAGACUGCGAAGGUGCUGGAGAAGUCUUCGCAAUCGUUCCGGAAAAAUUCUUCAACACACCCAAAUACCUCACCGUCUCCGGCCAAUUGCAUCUUGAAGCGCUCGCAGCGGCGGUCCCUAGGGUAUGGACUUUGAGCCCAUCAUUCCGUGCGGAGAAGAGCGGCACAACUAGACAUCUGAGCGAGUUCUACAUGCUCGAAGUCGAAGCCGCGUUUAUCGACACUUUGGAUCCGUUGGUAGCGUUAAUAGAGGACAUGGUGAAGACAAUUGUUCGAAGCAUCAGCACUUCUCGCGUGGGCAAAGAAACCUUAUCCACAGCGGGUGAAGAUAAAGCGGUGCAACUCGAGGAGCGUUGGAAGGGUCUACUAGAACGUCCUUGGUCUAGGAUAACCUACACUGAAGCGAUAUCAAGACUGGGCUUGGCGGCAGAGCAGAAGGAAGUACAGUUCGAUAUCCCCGCGGUCUGGGGUGCCGCAUUACAAGCCGAGCAUGAGCGCUUCCUUGCACAGACUGUAUUCAAUGGACCGGUUUUCGUGACGGAUUACCCGAAGAGCCUGAAGCCUUUCUAUAUGCUCCCUUCUGUCAGCACUGUCCCCACGCCGGGGGAAGGCGAGACGGUAGCUUGCUUUGACCUACUUGUGCCGGCUGUAGGCGAACUCAUUGGGGGCUCGCUGAGGGAAUAUCGAUACGACGAGUUGCUGACGGAGAUGCGGAGGCACGGCAUAGCGGUCGGGGACGGAGGUGAGGACGAAGGGAGCUUAAGAUGGUAUUUGGAACUUCGCAAGUGGGGGAGUACUAGGCACGGUGGGUUCGGGUUGGGGCUUGAUCGGUUGGUGUGCUAUUUGGCCGGUGUAGAGAAUAUUAGGGAGGCUACGGCUUUCCCCAGGUGGGUUGGGAGGUGCGAUUGUUAGUCGGGGAGCAGUUUAUGUGAUAGAGAGGGAAGAGGGCAAGCACGAUUGAAUGUUGACGGUUGGCUUGGAGCGCGGCGCCGUUGCUUGAGCGUGGAUAUGUGAAAAUAUAAUCGUACGUCCUAAAUG